UUCCUUGCUGAGGUUCCUCAGUGCUGAACUCACAAGAGGAUACUUCCUUGAACACAAUGAGGCCAAGUACACAGAACGAAGAGAAAGAGUGUACACAUGCAUGCGAAUACCAAGAGAGCUGGAAAAGCUAAUGGUUUUUGGAAUCUUUCUGUGCCUGGAUGCCUUUCUCUAUGUGUUCACCCUGCUUCCUUUAAGAGUCUUCCUGGCGUUGUUCCGGCUCUUCACUUUGCCUUGUUAUGGCUUAAGGGACAGGCGUUUGCUUCAGCCGGCCCAAGUGUGUGACAUUUUGAAGGGCGUCAUUUUAGUCAUCUGCUAUUUCAUGAUGCACUACGUGGACUACUCCAUGAUGUACCACCUGAUCCGAGGGCAGUCUGUCAUCAAACUCUACAUCAUCUACAACAUGCUGGAGGUAGCUGAUCGUCUGUUUUCAUCAUUCGGGCAAGAUAUACUGGAUGCGCUCUACUGGACAGCCACGGAGCCGAAAGAGAGGAAAAGGGCCCACAUCGGCGUGAUUCCACACUUCUUCAUGGCCGUGCUCUAUGUCUUUCUGCAUGCAAUUCUUAUAAUGGUUCAAGCAACAACCCUCAACGUAGCUUUUAACUCUCACAACAAGUCACUGCUUACUAUCAUGAUGUCUAAUAACUUUGUUGAAAUUAAAGGAAGCGUUUUCAAGAAGUUUGAGAAGAACAACCUCUUUCAGAUGUCAAACAGCGACAUUAAAGAACGAUUCACAAAUUACGUACUUUUGUUAAUAGUGUGUCUAAGAAAUAUGGAACAAUUUUCUUGGAAUCCAGAUCAUCUCUGGGUAUUAUUUCCAGAUGUCUGUAUGGUGAUUGCAUCAGAAAUUGCCGUGGACAUUGUAAAACAUGCCUUCAUCACCAAGUUCAACGACAUUACUGCGGAUGUCUACAGUGAAUACAGAGCCAGCCUUGCCUUUGACCUUGUAAGCAGCCGGCAGAAAAACGCCUAUACGGACUACAGUGACUCUGUGGCUCGGAGGAUGGGCUUUAUUCCACUUCCACUGGCUGUUUUACUCAUCAGAGUUGUAACAAGCUCGAUUAAAGUGCAGGGGAUCCUGUCUUACGCCUGCGUCAUCCUCUUCUAUUUUGGGCUGAUAUCUCUCAAAGUGCUCAACAGCAUCGUGCUCCUGGGGAAGUCCUGCCAGUACGUGAAGGAGGCCAAGAUGGAGGAGAAGCUGUUCAGCCCGCCCCCCGCCAGCACUCCAGGGAGACCUCCCAGCAAGUCCCAGAACAAGAGCAGAGCCCCGCAAGGCCUGGCCUCGGAAGAGACGCUGUCCGCGUCCGUCACCAGCCAGCCCACCCGCCCCAAGGAGAACUCCUUCCCACUUCUCGUGACCAGCAGCUCCGACCAGUUCCUGACCACGCCCGACGGCGAGGAGAAGGACCUGACGCAGGAGAACUCGGAACUGAAGCACAGAUCCUCAAAGAAAGAUCUGCUAGAGAUAGACAGGUUUACAAUUUGUGGAAACCGGAUUGACUAA